AUGGUUGCCCUUCAUUCUGUUUUUGUAUUUUGUGCAGUCGCUAGCAUUGCAUCUGCGGGACCAUGCAAGCCUGGAAGCUCCAUCUCGCUCUCGCUCUCUGAAACCAGCUCUGCGGCCUCCACCACGGAGACUACAUUGCUUGAGCCAACCACUACUGCGCCCUCAACCACCCUGGCUGAAUCUACUUCGACCGACAUCACAGUCGAGACUAGCCUUGCAGAGACGAGUACAGAGGCUGCCUCCGACACCACCUCCGCAGCCACUGUCGAGCCAAGCACCACUACCUUCGUCACGUCGAUCGCAGAUACAACUACUACCGAACCCGCCACGACCACAACUUCAGCGCCGCUUAGGUGCAUCCCGGAUCAAUGCGUUGGCACCAUCAAGAUUCAAUGCGAUGUGGUCAUCUAUGGCCUAGUGGAUUAUGUUAACGCCGACGAUACCCAAGCUUGCGCAGACCUUUGCAAUGCAGAUGACAAUUGCCAGGCCUUCACAUUCGAUUAUAAUUUCAAGUGGUGUUAUAAGACUGCCAGUCUGGAACAGCGAGUUGUUGGGCCUUAUGAUGGUUUUGAUACCGGAAUUAAGGGAACAUGUCAGGUGUAA